AUAUCCUUUUUUUUCCUAUUAUUUUCCUGAAACCAUGUUUUCUGCUUACUUGGCAAACCCAUUAAAAUAUGAACCGUGAAGAUCUAUUAGUUUAAGCUUACAGAAACUGUGCAGCAUUGCAGCUAACCCCAGUCGUCCAAGCUUGAAAGCUCAGCUGCUUCGCGAAAAAGAGCCAAAUCAAGCACCGAGGCGACAACAGAAGUUACUGAGAUGGGUUCAAGAAGGAAAAAGUCGGCGAACUCAAUUACUGUCUUGAGGUGGUCUCAACGCAUUCAUAAUGCGGUUUCUAGUACCCAGGUCAAGGAUAUUGAGCCUGUGAUUGAAACCAUUGAUUUACGUGGCGGUGACGAAGAGGAACACCAAGAUAAAGAACAGCACCACUUUUCUGAGGAGAAAAAGAGGCAGGAGGAAUACUUGGGUAUUCGUAACUUGGAAGGAAAAAUUGAUUAUCUGACUCUGCUUUUAGAAGCUCAAGAAAAAAUUCAUGAACCAAAAGCCAUGGGAGCCCAGAAUCUAUGUUUUGCUGAUAUCAAAUCACAGAUGAAAAAGGACAAGUACAAGCUGAUGUACAUAGACUCCCAGAAAAAGGUUGAAAGCAUGCGAGAGGAGAAUCGUCAACUAGCUGUGAAGUUGGAAAAUGCUCUUGGCAAGAUUGAAGCAUAUGAAAAAGGACACUCUAUUUUCUCUGAAACAAUUGAGAAGCUAAAGGAUGCAAUGUUGGUAUCUACUCUUACAAAAACAACUGAAAUGAUGUUUGGUAUUUCUUCUCCUCGGGCAAACAAUGGUGAUUGUGCUGCUCCAACUGUAGCUGAAGCCAAAGUUCCAGUAGCUAAAAGAAGGAAGAUGUAAAAUCCAGUGGAACUGACUGUCACUAAUUCCAUGCAACUGGCUGUCCACUUUCAGUGUUGAAAAGUUGUUUUUAAUUUGUAUUUGGCAUGAACUUAGUUUGGUGUGUGUUUGUACAGCUGUGGUAAUCUUAGACUCCUAACACUCAGAACUGCCAGUCAGAAUCUUUAUCUUUAUGCUUACACAUAUCAGUUUGGAUGCC